AUGACUAGCCCAACCACAGGUGCCAGCAAUUCCACAAUAGAUGCCGAUGCAUAUGGUAUAUUUGGUAGAUUUCGCAAACUGCCAGAGUUUGCAAGUAUUCAAGACGAGGAAUUGUUGGAUGUCGUGUCAUCUCCUCAGCCUAAAGCUGAGAGAGCAAGGCAACGAAUUAUAGCUCGACUAUUCACAAAACUAGAUGUCGAUUCACCGCAGCAGCUACUGGAUACACGCAAGAAUGAACGUAGGUUGGAAGUUAAAGGCAAUCUACCUGAAGGCGAGAAGAGAAACCGUGAACUAGUCUUCAAUGGUGUCUUUGCCAAAAUCGUUGAUCGAGAGCUUCAAAAACAACAAUAUGGACGGAGGAGAUCAGCAUCAGAUCUAGUCAAUUCUAAAGUGGAUUUUUUGGAGACAAUGUCAUUCUUGCUCAGUAAGAUUAGUGGUGACGCGCCUCGCACCAAUACUGCGACAACAAAGACUUUGACUAGAUCUGCUAGUACACCUAUUCAACGGCCUGCAGAAGAAACUUCAGUAAAGCCAAAUGUGCCAUCAUCAGCCGGGUCUACUCGAGCUUCUGUUGUCCCAUCGCCAUCAUCGUCAAAACCACCAUCUCGUAAACCCUCAGCAACGAAGGUCGACUUGCCAGCCACAGCCGCAAAACCACCAACGACACCUGUAGCCACUGUAAAACGAACGCCAUCCGUUACCGCUAUACCAACAGCCACAAGUCCUACUCGAAAAGAAGAUUUGGAUGCCAAAGUCAAGAUGUUAGAGCAAGAGUUGUUGGACUUACGGCACUCUCACGACACACUGAACGCCUCAUACACAUCACUACGCAGCUUGUACGAUACAGCAGUAAACACAGAUGCCACAACCCCACAAACGCUAGAUCAUCGUAGAUCCAUGCUUCUCAAAUCCCAAAUAGCACAGCUACAACGACAAGUAGUGUCAUAUCGAGACUCUGUGCUUGGAAGAGAUACAUUCAUGGCGGAUGCUGGUCAAGAACUACGACACGUCAAGGAUACUUUAAAAUCGAUACUCAAUGAACCUGAUCAUCCAGCUUCAAAAACUAAAUCAGCAAGCAACAUUAAUAACAGUAGUAACGAUUCACGUCAGCAGCUACUGAAGGGUGCUAUACAAGCACUAGAUACAUUGCAAAAGCAGACCGGUCGACAAGUUAAAGAUCGGCUAGACUUGCAACAGCCUGCACCGGCAGCUCUGGAAUUCAUGUCAGAGUUCAUACAUCCUGAUAGGAGAAGGGAUGUAAAGCCUGUGUCCUUGCUAGAUGCUUGUUCUGGUCAAAUUUCACAUAUUAAUCUACGGCAUGUUGGCCGCCUUGAAUCUCAGCUACAUCGUCUUUUUCAUGAUUUGAAGAGUAUCGAGAUAAGUCUCUCCACAUCCUUUGCACCCAAUGUAGCUCCAAGUCUCAAGGAACAUGUACAAACUACUCUGGAAGGAACAGAAAAAAGUCUGAUAUCGGCCAUGAACUCUCUUUUAAGUGUUUCUGUGUUGAUACCCAUGGCUCCGUUGCCAGCGAUAGAUCAAGUGGUCAGAACAGGAUUCCCUACCAUCCCUACCAUCGAUGAAACGAUGGCUAAGCUGCCUACUUUGAAUGCAAAUCAGUCGGCAAGAGUCAAUGAAGUCAUGACAUCACUCUUGACUGCUGUAGAAUCAUACAAGAGAUUGCACGAUGAGGAGAAGGUUGCGAUGGAAUCUGAGUUGCAGUAUCAUCGUAGUGUUUAUGACAGCUAUACUACAGGUGUUGGUCAAGCAGUUAGUAAGCUCGAUAGCAGCAAACAGGAUUUGAUCAAAGAAAUGAAGGAGGUUCUGAUACCCAUAACAAGGCUACAAACUCACAUGGUUUCAUUGCUUGAUGGGUUUACAAAGGAAGCUAUAGUGUCGUUUCUUGAAGAUGCUGAAAAGGGCUUAUCUGAAGUGACUAGUAAAGUCAAGGCCAUGACGAACGAGUUUGGAAUCUGA